AUGCCAACCACAUGCUCCACCUUGUUGACAGUGCCGUUUUUGGCACUGGUUUCAGUACCUCUGAUCUUCUCCGCAUAUAUCACCAUCUGCCUCUCCGUGCUGACUCUGUUUUUACGACUUUUCGUCAUUUACGUUGAGCUAUGCUAUGCUAUUGUCUCAAACUACUUUGUAAUUCCGAUAUCUAGCAAGUCUUCAUUGCUGAGUUUUGCCUCUGAACCGACUACCCCCGCCGCCACCUCUGCCACGCCCAAGAGACGAUCCAUUGAUCAUGGCGUCGGUGUGAUAUUGCCUCACCCCAGCAACCAUCGCCACGUGGCGCCCUUUUCUCGAGGGCACACUCGCUCGGCGCCGACUCGACGGCGAAAUAGUUCGUCUGCUCUCCUAACUCUCAUCAGCGGAGAUGAAGGUCGGGACUUCGAAGGCGUGGGUGGUUGGCGCUGCCCACCAUCUGCAAGGUCGCAGGGCCAUCUCUCCAGGUCCGCAUCGUCCUCCUCAAAGGACAGCAUAAGCGACGAGGCAGAUGAGCGGGCCUGGCUCUCAAUCAAUGAUCGUCUCGAGCUCCCCUCACAGCCAUUUCCACUGCGGAACCACCCCGAAACAGCAGACAUUCUGCCCUGGAGACACAGCCAGGCCACCUCUCAUAGUCCCGAGGGCCACAGGCAGCGCCAUCACCAUCGUUCCGCAACCACCUCCCUGAUCCCCAGUCAAACUCGCCGAGCUCCUACUUCUCCGUCAGCAUCGCGGUCAAACAGGUCAGAGUUCCACUUACCGGCCGGCAACGGGGUCCGCUCCCGAGGUCUCUCUCCGCGGCCACAGUCUCAGGACGCAUCAUCUUUUUCAACAUAUUCUGAUUUUUUCCGUGCUAUGGCCAGUGCGCCGCAGACAUAUUCACAAUUGCACCUAUCAAGUUCAUCCGAUGCCCUGGGUGGUUACUUUGGUUUUCGCCCAGGCAAUGGAGCGAAUAGCAGCGGGAGUGCAGUCUCAACGACGGGCACCACCACGCCGGUCGAGGAUCGUACAACGCCCCGUAGUAUGGGGAGAUUUAUGGCUCAUUAUCCUACAGGCGUCAGGUAUCGUAGACGAAGUGUAUCGGGGCCAAACCUUGGAUCGCAAUUACCCAGUCCUUCUUUGAACAGAGACCGGCCGUUUUGA